AUGGAUGAAAUGACUUGGAGACAGUGGAUCAAUAAUGCGCUAAAACGCUCACAUGGAAUAUACGGUGAAGGGAUUGAGUACUACAUUUUGAAUCGAGACGAAAAGAUCAUAUACUUGAAGGUCAAUUAUACAGAUGCUACACUCUUUAGUAGUGCCCUGGCUACUUACACAUCCUCAGACGAACUGCUAGGGUUUCCACUAGUUGUUAACAUAAUACAAGAGACGCCGUACUUGAAAGAGUUGAAGACUAAUGACGAUGAUAAAUUAUGGUUCAAUAAUGAACUGAAUGAAAUAGAUGAUGAGUAA